AUGAAUUCAAUACUCUUGGUUCUUUACUAUGGCUGGAUACUCUCUCUGGCAACCCUCAUCAACGGUUACGAGCAGAAACCCCUUGGUGCCACCCGAGCCCCCUUGAAAAGGGUUGCAAUCAUAGGAGCUGGAGCUGGAGGCUCUUCUAGUGCAUACAAUCUGCGGAAAUACGCAGAUCAAUCGUUGUUGGACGUCAACAUAACUGUGUUCGAACGUGCAUCGUAUGUUGGCGGUCGGUCGACCACAGUCAACGUCUUCGAUGAUCCAGCAUAUCCAAUUGAACUUGGCGCGUCUAUUUUUGUCUCUGUCAACCAUAACCUUGUCAAUGCAUCCCGGGAGCUCGGUCUCAUGGUCAAAGGCGCCGGUGAAGAUCGGCCCGGAGAGUCCGAAGAGACGAUCGGCAUCUGGGACGGCAAGCGGUUCGUGUACAUUCUGUCCGACUCGCUGAGCUGGUGGAAUAUCGCCAAACUAGUUUGGCGGUACGGGCUAGCGCCUGUACGCGCCCAGACUCUGAUGAAGACGACUGUCGGCAAAUUCCUCAGGCUCUAUGAAGAGCCUCUUUUCCCAUUCAAGUCACUGACCGCUGCGGCGGCUGAAGUCGGUCUGCUAGAUACCACAUCCGUCACUGGCGAAGUCUUUCUGGAGGAAAACAGUGUCUCGCCAAAAUUCUCCAGGGAGAUCAUACAGGCGAGCACACGGGUCAAUUAUGGCCAGAACUUACCCGUGAUUCAUGGCCUGGAAGCCAUGGUUUGCAUGGCUACUGACGGUGCCAUGGCUAUCCAAGGGGGGAAUUGGCAAAUCUUCGCCGGGAUGCUGAGUGCAUCUGAAGCCAAUGUCCGGUUGGAGAGCACGGUCCGGUCGAUAGACCGUAACGACGACGGCACUUUGACCAUCACAUCAACAAGCGCUGGAUCCGACAUGGAAACGGAUGUCUUCGACGAGGUUGUCAUAGCUGGUCCAUUGCAGGACUCUGGCAUUUCCAUCUCCCCACCCCCAGAACGUAUUCCAGACGAAAUCCCUUACGUGGAGCUUUAUGUGACGCUGUUCUCCUCCCCCCACCGAUUGUCGCCCAAAUACUUCGAUCUUGCAGGCUCUGGUAAAACCGUCGUUCCUGAAACCGUCUUGACAACACUUCCAGAGGACUCAAAUCUGCCGCCAUCACAGUCGGGCGUCGGACCAGCCGGAUUCUGGAGUAUCAGCACGCUGCGAACUGUAAACUCACCGGGGUCUGCUUCGAGUCCCGCAAAACACUACGUAUAUAAAAUCUUUUCCCCGCAACGCGUGACAGCCAAGUUUGUCUCUCAAAUCCUGGGGCUUGAAGAAGAAGAAAAAGAGGGGAGAGAUAGCACUGUAUUCGCGGAUAACUCAUCGAUUGAGGACCUCCCAAAACACCACAUCAGUUGGUUCCAUGAGAAGAUCUGGAACCCCUAUCCGGUUCUCCACCCGCGCGUUACCUUCGAGGAAGCUGUCCUCGCACCGAAUAUGUGGUACACGAGCGGGAUGGAGAGUUUUAUUUCAACCAUGGAGACCAGCGCGCUAAUGGGUAAAAAUGUCGCUGCUCUGAUGUUCCAAUCAUGGUUUGGAGGCGAGGCAGAAUAUGACGGGAGUCAGACUUUUUGGGAGAAGUCUGGCAUCUGA